AUGGUCACGGUUUUGGGAGGUGACCUAAAGGAGUCUAUGGUCACCGUUUUACGAAAGGAUGACCUAAAAAGGUUUAUGGUCACGGUUUUGGAGAGUGACCUAGAAGUAUCUAUAAUAACGGUUUUAGGAGCCGCCACUCCUCUCCCUCACCCCUCACCCUUCACUCACGCAUACGCACUCUCCCUCUUCACACAACACACACGGGCAACUUUUCCCCUCACCCACGCCGAGAGAGAAGAGAAGAACGGAGGAGGGAGAAGCUGCCCAGCCGCGGUCGCCGUCCAUGGAGCUGUGAGGAGCGCCGCUGCUGUCGCGCGCCAGAGGAGAGGAAGAGAGAUCGGGAAGAGAGAAGGACAGGGGGAGAAGGAAGCACGCGACGGAGAAGGGGGCGCUGCUUGCGUAGCUACACCUCGUCGUCGUCGCUGUUGGGGCUGCUUCGGGGUGUGCCGUCGCCAUGGCCAGAGAAGAGAAGGAGUGUUCCGCGAGGAGAAGGAGGUGCUGCCCGCACCGCCAUUCAUACCUGUCAUUUCUCGAGCUUGCCGUCGCUGCGUCUUCAAGGAAAGGGUCUCUCUGGAAGAACUUCCUUCUGCCAUUUCCUCCUUGACUCACCUUACUGACAUAGCCAACCUCUUUAGUCUUCAAGUCUGGGCAGGUUUUGGAGAGAGAUCUCGUGAUGGGAACAAAUUUGUUGUGGCUGAGAGACCUGUAAAGCAGCAGGUGCUGAGCUUUCAAAUGGUAAAGUGGCUGAAAAAAAAAAAGUUCUCGAGUUUUGAGAAGAAAGAAUAGCAAUACCAGAAACAAUCUAUCCUAGCAGAGUCUAAGUUGUAUUGCUCUCAUGCCUGUGAAACAAUUCUGUUAAUAGUAUCUAUUUAUUGUUAGUGUAUAUAUCACUGUAUAAAACUAAGAUUGAGACAAGUGUAUUCAUUCAACUAUAUUGAUAUGUUAGCUGGUUACUUUAAUUACAACUUAUCUUAAUUGUUGAUUAU